AUGGCCCCGGGCGAGGAGGGCGACCGCGCCCAGGCCCCGCUGCCUCCUCUGAGCGAAGACGCGGGGCCUCUGGCGGGGCUGUGGCCGGCCUUGCUGGUGGCGUUGGUGGCCGCCUUCGUCGCCUGGAUCUGGUACGGCCGCAGCGACGGCAAGGAAAAGCCAUCGGCGGCGUCGCCACCCGGAGGGUCUCCUCAGCGGCAGCCGGAGCGGGAAACCCCCGGCGCCAAAGAACCACUUCAGAGUAAUUUUGAAUAUGUCGUAUCUGCAACAAAGCCAACUGAUGUGUCCAGCCCUCAGAAGCCAGUGGAGAACCAGUUGCCUCCUCCAGGAGAACACAGUGUUCCUGAAGAGUCCCCUGAAACAGAGCCAUUGGUCAAGGAGUCUACAACCCCUUUAAUGAACUACAAUGAAUAUCUAAGGGGUGAAGCCUUGAGUUAUCCCGCCACAGCAUCCGAACCACUACAGAGCCAAGAAGCUGUCCUUCAUGGUGUGGGCACUUCUGCAGAAGCAGGCACCCCUGGUGACAAGCAUGAAGAGAAAUGCAAAGAACAGCUGUGUCACAAUUCUGUUGAUCAUGAGGAAUGGGAAAUUGUCCCUGAGCAUUCAGUGUGGGGUGAUGCUGCAAGGAAGAGCAGUGUGGACGAUGCCAGCAGCAAGGACCUGGAACAAGCCAAGAGGGUUGCAGCGGUGUCUCCAAUGCCUCAGACUGUCCAUGUGGCUUUCCGUGUACACUACAUCACUCACUCGGAAGCCCAGGUGAUUGCCAUCACAGGUGACCACGAGUGUUUAGGCCAGUGGCAUCACUAUCUACCACUCAGGUGUGACAAAGAUGGGUUCUGGUCAGACUCAGUUGUCUUACCUGUUGAUACCAGAGUUGAAUGGAAGUUCAUACUUGUGGAGAAUGGGAAGGUCAGAAGAUGGGAAGAAUGUGACAAUCGAACCCUAAUAACUGAACAUGAGGAUCGGUUGGCCCAUAAGUGGUGGGGAUAUCAUUGAACGGGAGCUCCGGCCAAAUACAGGGGCUCCAGUUUUAUUCCAUUUCUUUAUAGGAGUUUCCCUACUUUUUGCCUACCAUAGUAUAUUAUCUCUAGGCUGCAUGUUUUGCCAGAACUGCCUUAGAUUAAUGUGUCUUGUCUGCUACCCCAGGCUUUAAGACACGAGGAUACAAAAUCAGACCAAAGCCUACCUAGUGGCAGACACAUUAGGGCUCUCUAGUGGGUAGUGUUUCAAAGCAGCUGCCUGCAUAAAAAGCUUUAAAACCCAAAACUUGAGGUUGCACUAUGUGAGGAGAUAGGAGCAUGGACUGUGGACACUGUACUGACAGAAUAGGAAAGGUGUAGUUAAACUACACUGUAACUGUCUGUUAAAAUGUUCUUAACUUAUGACUAUAUAAGAAAGCAAUAAAGAUUUUUAGACUGGUAA